AUGUCAGACGCCACCAAACUAGAUUCUAAACCAUCUACUACAAUCCCUCUGAAACAUACAUCAGGUCUCACUGAAGAAGAAAAAAAUGUUAUCAAGACAUUAGAAGAGGAUGAUGAAUUUGAAGAUUUUCCAGAAGAUGAUUCUAAAUGGUCAAGUAAUAGUACCAAUAAAUUGAGUGAACAAAAUUUAUGGGAAGAAGAUUGGGAUGAUGAUGAUGGUCAAGAUGAAGUGUCUAAUAAAUUAAGAGAAGAAUUGAAGAAAACAAUCAAACCAAUCCAAUAG